AUGAACUUAAUAAUUAUUGAUCAAAAGAAUAUUAAUGAAGACCUAACUGUCGAACUGUCUUCUAGACAGUCAAAUCAUUGUGUUUCGGUCCUGGAGGUUAAUAUUGGCUCGAAACUUAAUGUAGGAGUUAAAAAUUCUGGAAAAGGAACAGCAACGGUAAUUAAAAUAAUAAAAAAAGAAACUAAUAAAGACGGGAAGAUAAAAUGCGAAUCAAUAUGUAGCUUCUAUAAUAUUGAAGAAAUAAAUAGCCAAAUAAUUAAUAAAUCCAGAAAACCUAUUUCGGAAAUCAAUAACCGAAGUAAUUUGCAAUACACUGUUACAAUCAAAUUAGAUACGCCUAUUCACAAAGAAACAUAUAAACAUGAAUAUCCACUAAUAGACUUAUUAAUUGCCCUUCCUAGACCAAAAAUAUUUGAGAAAGUACUUCAAAAUGCGGUUACAAUUGGAGUCGGAAGAAUUAUUUUCGUUUGCACUGAUAAAUCUGAAAAGUCUUAUUUGAAUUCAUCUAAGAUAAAAAAAGAGUCGAUUGAUGAAAUUAUACAACUUGGACUUGAACAGGCAUCAAAAACAUUAUGUCCAGAUGUUUACGUUUAUGCUUCAUGGAAGGAUUACUUUUUUUGUAAAGAAAACAUGAUAGGAAUUGUUGCUGACGUAGCAGGUAGUAGCAAGAUUACCGAGAUAGGGCUACAAAGUCACGUCGGACCAAUUAUUCUUGCUAUCGGGCCCGAAGGAGGUUGGACAAAAGAAGAAUUAAAAGAUUUAAUUACAGAAGGGUUUAAAGUUGUAAAUAUAGGUGAUCGAAUUCUUAAAGUGGAGACAGCGGUUAUAUCUUUAUAUUCAAAAGUGAGUUUUUAUACAGAUUAA